UAUGCGAGGAGUGCUGAGCACUACACUCGACUCGACCGUUUCUUUCUUAAAACCAUCCCCCUUCCCAUCCUCAUUCUUAGCAGAACAGGAGCAUUUUCCUCUAUAUUUUGAACAUUUUCCUUUUGAAUUACAAAGUCGGAACCCAAGGGAGAGACAUAGGAGAGGAGGAUGUUUUACUCGCAGUGCCUUCUUUCGGGAAAAGGGCCGUUAGGCGCCAUAUGGGUCGCUGCUUACUUCUUCAAAAAGCUCAAGAAAGCUCAGGUUACCCAGACUGACAUCCCCUCCUCUAUUGAUAAAAUUUUGCAAGAUGAGCUGGAUGUUGUCGCAUAUAGAGUGCUGGCAUACCUUCUUCUUGGUGUUGUGAGAAUAUACUCAAAAAAAGUUGAAUACUUGUUUGAUGACUGCCAUCGGGUGCUAAUAAAAAUCAACGACUUUGUGCUUAGUACAAAAGAUAGGGCACAUGUAGAAACCUUAUCUGCACCGUAUUCCUCUAUUACUCUACCAGAAAGGUUUGAACUUGAUGCGUUUGAUCUAGGGAUCCUCGAUGAUGUUAGUGGAGGCAAUGUGGUGCCAUACGAGGAGAUCACACUCAAAGAUGGUGCGUGGAAAAAAGAGGGAAUAGGGCAGUACUCUUUACGCAAGUAUCCUUAUGGGGAGAUUUCUGUCUUUCGCAGUACUUCCACUGAUUACACUUUUGCUGACAAUGUUCUGUCUUCUGGUACUAUGGAGAUUGAUAUGGCAGUAAGCACAUCACAUUAUCUAACCUGCAUGGAAGAACACAUGGAGAGUCUUCAAGGCAGAAGGUUCUCUCAAGCAGAAUGUGUCGACCUUGAAAUGUUUUAUGAGGUUGAGGAAGAAUCUAUGGACCAUUUUACACCAUUUGGUGAAGAAGUUCACCAAACUAAUGGGGAAAAAACAAAGGCUCUGGCAAUGGCACAGUCAGAAGAGAAAACACCUGGAGAAGCAAGCAUGGGGAAGUAUCAAGACUUCAGGUUUUCUAAAGAAGGAUGCUUGAACCUUGAGAUGUUGUCUGCGACUGAUGGAGAGCCUCUAGAACAGAUUAAUCUACCCGGUGAAGAUCAUCGAAUUGAUGGAGAGCAGAUAAAAGUUCUAGUAUUAGCUCAAGAAAACCAAAUUCAGGUUAUUAGGAAUACACAUGAUCUGAGCAACUCAGAAACAAGCAUGGAGAAGCUUCGGGUUGAUAAAUUCUCUCAAGAAGAAUGGAUGGACCAUGAUAUGUUUUGUGGGGCCAAGGUGGAACAUCCAAAACUUGUUAGACAAUUUAAUGAAGGGCACCAUAAUGAUACGGAGGUAAUAGAGUCCCCAAAUCUGGCAUCAUCAGAAAACAGAAAAAGUCAUGUUAAUACAGAAGGGCGUCCACCAUCUAUUAUGCUUGAUGGGACCCCUCAAUCCAAGUUCCCCGGUGCAUCAGGCACUUCCACACCUGAGUUUAUUCUUACACCACUUACAAGAGAGAGAGCUCGAAUUUCGAGAAAAAGAAAAUGUUUAAUUGAUGAGACCAUUGUGUUGCCUAAUAAGGUCCUUAGGCAGAGCAUUCACGAUGCAAGUGACUUAGUUUCUAAACGAAAGAAAACUGCUCAUAAUGGUCUAGCUGUGUGGAAAGCUUCUCGAAUUUUCAGUCUCCCCCAGGGUUUCUUAGAGCCUUUGAUGCCUUGUAUUUCAUCGGAGCUUAGAUCUCUCUUUUACACAAAGAAGCUGAAGAUUCUAGAAUCUGCUGAAACCAUGAAUAAUCCUGAGAAGUUUGAUACGAAAGAAUCUCCUACUGUGGGUGGAUCAGAUAAAGUUGCAGAAUCUUUUUCUGUGGGCAGAUCAGAGCAAAUUGCUAUUGCUCCAAAAACUCCUGUUAAGUGCUCAACAUUGAUAAGAUCAUUUGAAAGCCCAGAUAAUGCCAACAAUGUUAACUCAGGGAGACUUGGUAGUUCAUUCGGAAGUGUAGAGAAAGAGCCACCUCCGAGCAAGGAUCAAGAACUAGAUCUCAGUUUGAUGAAUGAGGAGAUACAUUCAUGUGGAGCAGAUAACACGGAACUCUAUGGAUGGUCAGGCAGAACCAGAAUAGCAGCAAGGUACUUGUACAAAAAUUUCUUUAACGGAAAGAAGGGAAGAGAAAAGGAGAUUGUGAGCUUGUCACAGGUUCUAGAAGGAAGAACCAAGAAAGAAAGUGCAAGGCUAUUCUAUGAGAUGCUGGUGUUGAGAACUACAGGGUAUGUGGAUGUGAAACAGGAUAAUGCUUAUGGUGACAUUCAGGCCUGGAGACUCCCGAAAUGGGACCAAACUUGUGGAGCCGAUGGAAUAUGCUAAUAAAAAAAUUAAGGUUCAGUUUGAUUCAAAA